AUGGAGAACUCGCCGCCACCACAGCCGCGUGAGGUGCACAUUGACCUCUGCGGCAUCGAAGGAGACGCGCCGCAGCCACCAGCGCCGCGCUUCGAAACGCCGAACGGCACUGCAGCGGAGCCUCCGCGGGAGAAGUUGGAGGAAAGCUGCGAUGCUGUCAAGGCGACACAGAACAGCGCACCCGCCGCUGCGCCUAGCCCGACGCCAAGCCAUAAUGGAGGCAACGGCACCAACGACAGCCCGCGACAGCCCGUCACCACAACGCGGCCGUUGAGUGCCUGCGGGGACGCGAACGGCACUUCACUUGGGGACUCUCGUCCCUCGCUCGAGGCGAUGGCGGCUUCCUCCGCGAUCCUGGUGCGCGGGCACGACUCCAUCCGUCAUUCCUACUUGUUGAAAUCACCGCACCACGGCGCGACUAACAGCAGCGCGGCCGCAGCAGCCAACGGCGAGCAGGCGACUGCCGAGUGCGACGGAGGCGGCGCCACAAGGAGCCGACCGGAGAUGGUGCUUUAUCGUUCCGCUUCGCACGCUCGCCGCCGCCAGGCCUCCACGCCGGUGCUAGCUCGCAGCGCGGCCUCCAACUCGCAGUUUCCUUUUAAGACGGCGUUGUCUGUUUUUCCGGAGCCUUCCGAGGAGGCCGGCACGCCGGCAAUCAGCACACAAGAGGAUGUGAAGCGCUACGUGCACGCGGUAAUGGAGCAGCACACGGCGAUGCUGGCUGCGUGGGACAAGCGCAUCUCUGUCGCGGAGGUGUAUCGGGACAAACCGCUGCAAACUGGUGGUCGGCCUGCGCCUGUGCGGCCGCAGGAUCGUGGCUUUCUCGAGCGCGUCGAGCAAAACCUCGACAGCUACCUCCGGCAGCUGGAGUUUGCUAAGGCGCUGCUGGCGCAGUCGCACGAGGCGGUGCCGCCAACAAAGUCGAGGCAGAAGAGCGACGUCACGGCUUGGCAAGGCUACUGCAGUCGCCUCUACUAUACACUAAGCGACCUCGCCGUGGAGGAGAACCUAAUACGCCUUCGGAUGAGCAGGGUACUUCGUGUAGGGCAUCAGGGCUUCAAAGGGUCGAUGCCUUCUCGCACUGCCUCUCCAUGGGGGUCUAGCGCGCGUGGCAUGCGCUCGUACAGUCGCGAGAGCGCAAGCGCGCGUGAGAGCUCGAGGCCUGCAUCGCGUGGAUCAUCAAAGCCUGCUACGCCGCGGCAGAAGCCACGGGCGGCAAGCGCGAGUCGGCGCGGCCGCCCUGCGCAAUCGGUCGGUAGCACGCAUUCAGCUGCUGCGGCGGGUGCAGAGGCCUCGUGCCCGAGCACACCAACAGGAACUAACGUUUCUCCUUCCCCGCACUCUUGGCAUGCGGUGCCGAGUAGUGUGGUGCGGCGCGGCAACGGUAUCAUUAGGCCGGGACACAGCAGCGCCCCCAGCCCUGCUCAAGCGAGCGCUGUUUCAGUAGAUCAGCCGCGCCACCCAAGGCGGUAUGGCGGCCAUAGCGCUCACCACACGGCGAAGUUGCACACUGCACCGUCCUCAGUAUCCGCACUCGCCCUGGCACAUCAGCGGCUGCUGCUGCGCGCCCUCCAUCCUGACACGGUGUCACCGCAGCCGUCGUGCACCGGCAACACGUACGACAGCCAAACUCCCUACGGUCGCCUUUCACCACAACGCCGCACCGUCUCUCCCGCCUUUGCGCACAGCUUUAAUCGCUCCGUGGCUCUACUGCCGGAACUCAACAACGAUGACGCAGAGUUGCACAGUGCCGCCCCUUCGUGUAGAUCUCUGGAGCGGUCUUCUGUUCACCAGCGCGCCGGUGCGCCCCCACAGCUUCGCACCUACUCCUCUCCCCGGGGAACUGACGUCGCAAAGGCGGUGACUCCCAGCACACUAGCGCUGCACCCUCUUCGGCAUCGGCAGCUGCUCGAGAGGAUUGAGCGCUACGAGAAGAACGCGGCCGCCCUGCAGCCCAGCGACCUGCAGCUUGCGCGGGCGUGCUUCUACGAGCUCUACGGGGAGCCGACCGGGUUGCAUCAAUACUGUCAGUGGAUCGAUGAUGUCGCCAUCAAGAUUCUGCGUGGGGCGUGA